UUCAUUUUACUCAAGUGUGCGUCAGACUAUGAAGGCAAUAUGCUUAGUGUUUUGUUUUUUCUUUGUUCAAGGACACGAAUUGCCACCGCCGUGUGAAAGUGAGAUCUACUGCACUGGGGAGUUGCUGAGACAGGUGCAAAUGGCUAAACUCUUCACUGACAACAAGCACUUUGUGGACAUGAGGCUGCUGUCUCCUCCUGAUGAGGUGCUCGCUGCUUUUCACCAGUUGGCAUCUGAGGCCCCUGGUCAGGCGGUCCCCCGUGAUAAACUCCAAGAGUUUGUGAAAAGGUUCUUUGAUGAACCAGGGAAGGAACUUCAACCUUGGACUCCACCUGACUGGCAUGACAAACCAUCAUUCCUUUCAAAGAUUAAGGACCCCAAUCUGUAUACAUGGGCUGAUGAGCUUCAUUUGCUGUGGAAGUCUCUUGGCCGAACGGUCAGCAAGGAUGUCAAGAGCCAUUCUGAGCAGUACUCCUAUAUCUACACCCCUAACCCGGUCAUUGUUCCAGGAGGUCGUUUCAGGGAGCUCUACUACUGGGACACCUUCUGGGUCAUUGAUGGUCUGCUGGUCUGUGACAUGAAGGACACUGCACGAGGGAUGAUAGAGAACUUUAUUUACCUGAUUGACAAGUACGGUUUUGUACCAAAUGGAAACCGGAUUUACUAUGAGCGUCGCAGUCAGCCUCCGUUUCUCACUGCAAUGGUCCGGGAUUACUAUCAAGCCACAAAAGAUGAACAAUUUUUGAGGAAAGCUUUGCCAGCUUUGGAGAAGGAAUACAACUUUUGGAUGACAAACCGCUCUGUGGUUGUGGCAGUCAAUGGCACGAAUUACACUCUGAACCAUUACAAUGUGCAAGUUGAUGGACCAAGACCCGAGGCCUAUAGUGUGGAUGCAGAACUUGCUGAACUUCUACCAGAAGAGGAGAAGAUCAGGUUAUAUACAGAGCUUAAAGCCGGAGCAGAGUCUGGAUGGGACUACAGUUCGCGAUGGUUCGUUGGCGAGGAGGACUCCCCAAGUGCCGCCAGCCUGAAGGACACUCACACCUCCGCCAUUGUGCCCACUGACCUCAACUCCUUUCUCUGCCUCAACGAGUUCACAUUAGCUUUUUUCCAUCGUGAAUUAGGAAACCAUGCUGCAGCCAAAGUGUAUGAGGAAGCCCACCAACUUCGCCAGGCCGCUGUUGAGGCGGUGCUGUGGGACCCGGACAAGGGCGCGUGGUUUGAUUACAACACGCUCACCAACAGUCGCAACGCUGCUUUCUACCCGUCAAACCUGGCGCCCCUGUGGGCCCACUGCUUCAGGAACAGCGACAUGCAACUAAAGGCUUUUAAUUACCUCAAGGACAGCGGAGCGCUGGACUAUCACUAUGGAGUGCCUACCUCUUUUGAGAACAGCGGUGAACAGUGGGACAUGCCCAAUGGCUGGCCGCCCCUUCAACACAUGCUAAUACAAGGUUUAGCAGAUAUCCCCCUGGAGGAAUCCAAAGAGCUGGCCUUCCAGUUGGCUCAGAAGUGGAUUACAACGAACUGGGCAGCCUACACAAAAUAUGAGGCCAUGUUUGAGAAGUAUGAUGUCAACUCUGGGGGAAAGCCUGGAGGAGGCGGAGAGUAUGACGUCCAGCUGGGCUUUGGCUGGACCAAUGGUGUCGCUCUGCGGCUCCUGAAUCAAUAUGGUGACAGGCUUGAAUCUGCCGCAGCUCCCCUCAACGCUUCUUCACUGAUCUGGGUCCAGUUUCUGCUGCUUCUUAUUCUCCUGAUCCAGGGAUGAAGAAACCAUGCUUCUGAAGGUACACUCCGUUGCUGUUUGUACUGUGUUGCUUACUUUCCAAAAGCCAGUUUAAUGCAACGUUGUGUUGCGUCUCUACUGUACUGCAUUUAUCACUGGUGAUUUUCAGUCAUCGUCACAUUCAAUUUAUUUACUUCAGACACAAAAUGCAUGGUCCAUAUCAAGCUUUACAAAAUGGUAAUUGUUCCCCUCCCCACACAAGCAUCAUGAUGACGACUGAGCAAAUGAUGGUAAUCAUGGAAAAUGAGUUGGUCCCCUUCAUCUCACUGCCGAAAAAGACAUGAUAGAAAAGGUCUUUAACGUUUGCUAAUGUAUCACUUAUGUAUCACUCUACACACAAAUCAUUUGUGACAACUUUGUUGUUAAUUAUUUUGUAAUGUUCCUUAAAAUUCCUUUAUUUCUCUCAGGCGAAGUAUUUAUGGAACCUUCUCAGGAGGUGGUGGGGCAAGGGUUGUUAUGUUGAGCAUUUAGGGGUAAGCCCCUGCAGUCACAGACUGUAAAAACUGACUAAUUAGAUCCUCAAAGAGAUGUUGGAGGUUCUUCAGUUCGGUACUUUAGGGGAACCUCUAAAAGUUCUCUGACGGACUCUUUGAGGUGAUUUGCUAUGGUUCUUGCAGGCAUCUGUAACAGAACCUCUACUGUUUUUAGGCCGACCACGAUGGUGCAGAUAUCCAAGCCCGCACCAGUUACACUCGAAACUAAAGUGUUUGCCAGCGAACCACCCAUGUUCAUACCGGACUCUGAACUUUUCUGUAUGUGUGACCAAUUGUUAACCGGGGGAACCUGCUGAUGUCCACGUCAAGAAAAACCCAAGAAUUUUUCGAUUCGCAUCGCAAACCAAGUUUCUGUUUUCCGGAACGUUCAGAACAUUCACACUCCAGCCGUUAACACUCCAUGGGCAUCAGCACGGCUCUCUGUCUGACCUCCUGAACCUGCCAGUUUAGAGGAACCGGCAAAGUUUUCUUGAUGGUUCCCUGGAGAACCUGUAGAGGUUUCCCCAUAGUGACCAACUGAAUGACCUCCAAAGAUUCUUUUAGGAGCUUGUGAAUUUUACACUGCAAGACCCCCUGUGGUGUCAUGGAUCCCUGAUUGUAUGUCCCUAUAGAAGAUACUGUAUACUAUAAUGCUGCUUUGUAAAAUGAUCAAUCAGUAUUAAAUCUGUGCAAUGAAGAAGAACCAUUUUUGCUGUAUAAAGUCUAUUUUAUUUUUAGUACACUGAUGAAUGGUGAUGUCAACAAUAA